GCCGCCAUGAGCAGCGCGGAGCCGCCGCUGGGGCCCGGGCCGCGGGCUCAGCCCGCCUGGAAGCGGCAGGUCCUGGAGCGGAAGCGGGCCAAGCUGGCCGGGGCGGGCUGCGGCGAGCCCGAGCCCCCGCCGGGGGAGCGGCUGGUGGUGGCCGAGAGCCUGGGCCCGCUCCGCGAGAACCCGUUCAUGCGGCUGGAGAGCGAGCGGCGGCGGCUGCGGCAGGGGCUGCCCGGGCACGGCCCGGCGGCGCGGCCGCUGCAGCAGCUGCUGGAGCUGUACAGCGCCGUGCCCGGCAUCCGCACCAUCCGCGCCGACAACAUCCUCAUCAUCGAGUCGCGGCCCGACGCCGCCGCCUGCUUCGCCGAGCGGGACGCGCCGGCCGCCCGCCGCCGGGACGCGGCCCCCGCCGCCGCCUCCGCCCCGCCGCGCCGGCCCGACCCGCUGCGGGAGCUGCUGUCCCAGCGCGGCGCCGCGCUCGCCGAGAUCCGCGCCGAGCAGGUCGUCAUCUACGAGGCGGCCGAGCCGCCGGAGCCGCCCGAGGCGGCCGAGCCGGGCACCGUCAGCCGCCUCCUGGAGAAGUUCGGGCAGCGGCCGCGGGGCCGCCGGCGGCGCGGCGGGGAGGCGCUGAGCGGGCCCGGGCCCGGCGGGACGGCCGCUCCUCCGCAGGCGGCACCCGGCUCCCCGCGGGCCCCGGCGCCGCUCCACAAGGGACCCGGCUCCCCGCGGGCCUCGUCCCCGAAGGCGGCGCCGAGGUCUCCGCAGGCGGUGCCGGCCGCCCCGCCGCCGCAGCCGGCCUCUCCCCGCGCUGCCACCCCCCCAGCGGUGCCGGGUCCCCCUGAGCCUCCUGCCCCGCCGCCGGCUGCUCCCCGCGCUCCCCCGCCGGCACCCCGGGCCGCCACCCCCCGACCCACGUCCCCCCAGCCGCUGCCGGCUCCCCCUCGGGCUGUCUCCCCGCGGGCCGCGACCCCCCCGGCGGUCCCAGCGGCCCCCAAGGCUGCAGCCCCCCAGGCCAACUGCUUUGUGCACAAGAUCGGCUCCAACUCCUUCACCGUCACGCCCCGGGGUCUGCCCCCCGGCAGCCGCCUCCCCGAGCCCCCCAGCAGCCGCCUCCCCGAGCCCCCCGGCGGCCGCCUGCCCGAGCCCCCCAGCAGCCGCCUCCCCGAGCCCCCCGGCGGCCGCCUCCCCGAGCCCCCCGGCGGCCGCCUCCCCGAGCCCCCCGCCGGCCCAGCCGCCCGUCCCGCAGCACCCAAGGGGCCGCCAGUGCCAUCUGCCAGCGCUCCCCACGCCAGAGCCAACACCAGGAGGCCAAAGCCGGAGGAGGAUGAAGCCGCCGCGCUGCCCUUGCCCAGUGCCACUCCGGCCCCCAGUGCCACCGGCCCCACUCAGCCACUCUCUUCCUCUGCCCCCCGGGCCGGGGGCUCCUUUGAAAUCCACCCGGCCCCCAAGCCCGACUUGGCCGCCAUCCCGGCCCACGACCUGCAGGCCCAGGCCCUGGCCAAGCUGCGCCUGAAUUCACGCAAUUCCUUCCUCUUCGUGCCCCGCCGGGAGGGCGGCACAGCUCUGCCCUCGGCCCAGAGCGCCAGCCCGGGGCCGCCGCCGCCCGCCUCGCCAGAGAAGGAGCCGCCGCGGCGGGAGGAGCCAGUGGCUUCGCCGCUGGAGCCGCUGGUACCUGUGACUUACAUCGAUGACAUCGUGGAGCCCGACAGCGGGGAGCUGGCCCCGCGGGCUGGCUCGGCUGUGAGGACGGGGAGCUUGGAGCAGCCCGGAGGAGCCGGCCCUGACCUGGAGAUGGAGUUUUCCUCCGUGCCCCUCUACAGGCCACACUCAGCCCCCCAGCAGCGAGGAGGCAGCACCUUCACUGUGGUGCCCAGAAGGAAGCCGGCGGCCCCGGGGCUGCAGGCUCCGGCUGAUGGCAGUGGAAGGCCGCAGCAGGAGGAAGAGGAGGAGGAGGAAGAGAGCAAAGGAAAAGGCAAAGCCAUGGAGAACGCUGACGGGCCCCAGGCGGGGGUGGCCCAUAAAAAGCGUUACCCCACAGUGAACGAGAUCGAAGUGAUCGGGGGGUACCUGUCCCUGGAGAGGUCCUGCAUGAGCAAGAGGGGCUCCCGCCGCAAGAAGAUGAAGAUCUCUUUCAACGAGACGAGUUUGCAGACCAUGUUUGAGUACCCAUCUGAGAGCUCACUGGCAGAGGAAGAGGAGGAGGAGGAAGGACAUGCUUCUGAAACAGAGGACAAGUCUUGCACCUUUUACAUUCCACGCCCAAACAGCACUUUGCAUCCCAAUGCACAGAGCUCAGCAGAUCUAUCCAGCUACACCCCAAAGCACUCCGUGAAGUUCAGCGAGUGGCAGGAGCAGAAGCACGAGGAGAUGCCUGCUGCACAGGGCCCCAUCCACAAGGAACCUGACUCCCAGGGCAACCAAGUCAUGCUCACGCCGGCAGGGAAGGGCGGGCUCUCGGAUUUCAGCAGCGAGCCUGCGCUGUACUUCUGAUCGCUUCAUCUCCGAGCCUGCAGCAGCGGCUGCUGGACAAAGCCCGUCAGUGCACCUCCCGGGUAAAGCCCACGAGCUCCUGGGUCCCUCCCUCAUGAGAGCUGUCAUUGCAUCCCGAUGCCAAGGCUGGACAGAUGCUGUCAGGCAUCUUUGGAGAAGAUUUGCACUGGAUUCUGGGACCUAACUGCUGCUCUGGAGGCGUAUGAGUUACUCUACCUGUGGCCUUGCAUAUUCCUUGUUCAAGAUCAGCUGCUGGUCAGGCAGGCACCUGUAAUCCCAGGAUGGAUGUAGACUCUCUCAGUGCUCAUCCAGGCACUGGAGGAGGUGUGGACAGUGGAGAUUGGUUGUGGGGCUGGAGCACUGGGAGCAUGUGGGCAGUUCAGUGCAUUCCCAGCAGUGGUUGUGAUUUGACUUCUAGGUUAGGUUUGUUCUGGACAUGUCUCUGUGUGUAGUUUCACUGAACCAUCAUGGAAUUGAUGUGCCAGUCCUGUCCCUGUGAAGGAAGCUGAACACACUGUGUGAGGGAUGGGAAGGAGAAUAACCCCCCUCAGAUUUAGCACUGAUGUCUAGAGCAGUGUCAGGGCUGGCUUGAGCCUCCCAGACAUAGGCCAUAGGUGUGACCUGUCCAUACCCAACCCUGGUGCCCAGUCUCUCCCAACUCCUGCUUGUGCUUUGGUUUGCCAGUUCCUCUCGUUGCUUUGUUCCUGCAUCUAACAGGGCCAGGCCCAAGAUUCCCCUGUCUUGCUUGGUGGGGAGGUUUCCUUCCACCCAUGCUUGCUCUGCUCCUCAGAUGCAAAGCACAGGAGGGCAGUUUCACUCUUUCCUUCUGCAGAACUUGAACAAGGAAUAUGUUGUUGUUUUUUUUCUAGGAUUUUUAUAGUUGCAAUUGUUUAAUGCAGCCAAUAUGCAAAGCACCCUGCUAGACUCCAUUUCAGUUUUCUACUACUGUAAACUCAGGGUCAAAAUUGCACUCUGGAAAAGAUGGAACACUGCUGCUAAUGUGACUUGUACUUCUGGGAUUAAAAAGAGAUGCAGUUGCAAUAGAGACAGCCUCUCUGGGCUUUGUGAGAUGAAUGGUGCCCUAGAGUGUGGCUCUGUCCAGAGGAGCAGGAUGGGACCUUCCAUCUGUUUUGUUGGUUUUGAGUGAGCCAAGGUGACACUGGCCCAUGACCUGGAAAUGCUCUGCAUCCCUUGCACUUGGCUUGGUGUGUACUGUAGCAGCAGGGAGGAGGUGGUUGUGCUGAAAAACACAGGCAGGGCUAAACGUUAGGACAUUACUUCUGGCUGUUCUGUGCUUGUGCCCUGGGUGCUUAAGCACUUCUGGAAAGAGAAGGAAAGAAUCAAACCAAACCAACUCAGCAGCUUGUUAAAUGCUGGCUGGAGGGACCACAAGGGAACACUUCCCACCUCCUUGCACAUCCAAGGUUUGUUCUUUUCAGGGUAACUCAAGAUGUGCUCCCUGUGUGGCCUCCUGGGAGCAGCAUGUGGCUGACACAAGUACUGUGCUGGGGCUUCUCCCACCAAUGAAACACAUCAGAACAAGGUGCUGAGAGUAGGACAGAGUGAGGAGAAAUGCAAGACAGCAAGUAACUUACUCAUCCCUUAAAUCUCAGUCAGUCAUCAGCCAUGUGGAGUUAACCACUGAGCAGUGCCCACAGCAGGAGGUCAGGACUCUGAAGAAAAGGUUAUGCACAGCUUUUCUGGCAGAAGAGGUCCCCCAUCAGCACCCUGCACUGUGGAAAAGCUCAGGCCAGGUUAAAGCAGCCCUGUCUCCAGCUUUGCAGUUUAACAGAAGUGCAGGUGGUGAAGCAAAAGCUGCUUGCAGGUUAGGGACAAGGUGCCUGGACUAGUCCUGGCUUCAUUCUGCUGUGGAUCAAUGGGGAACACUAAAGCCACCAGUGUCCUGCGGUUUCUUCCACUGGCUGCUCUGCUGCUCAGUGCUGUUCUGGGUGACCCAGCUCUGUGGCUCAGUGGAGGUCAGGGAGUGCAGAGAGUGCUCCUCAUGCCCUGCUGUGCUCCUGACUUCUCUGCUCCUCCUCUCACUUUGCCCCCUGUGACCUGCCCCCUGCCAAGUGCUGCCUUCCACUUCCCAGCUUUGUACUCCCAUCUGUACCAGAUGAACUCUUUGCUUGAUCUCAGCAGAGCAAAGCAGCUGCUGUUUUGAGGGCAGAAGCAUUAGAUGAUAGGUCACCUCCUGGGAUGGUUUUCACUGUGCUCAAAGGGCAUGUUUUGGUAGAUGCCUACCCUGAUGUCUCUAGUGUUUGAGGAUUAACUGCAGUAGAGCUCUGACUAAUACCAAAGUGCACCUGAAAGGAAAAUGUACUGCAAAACAAAGACUUUUAUGAAAUGUGGCCUCCCUGCAUCAGAACAGCAGCUGCCCUGGACCAACAGGACUCUCCAGGUUGAAGAACAAGGUGUUCAGGAAUCCUUUGGUCCAUGUGCUUGUUUCUCUUUCCCUUUUGAAGCGCUCUGUGGCUCAGUGGCUUUACCAGCAUUCCCAGCUUCUCCCUUCAGGACAUCCAGCAAUGGCUGAGACCUCUCCAGUAUCUGGGAAAGAAAGAAAUAAAAAUAGCUUAUUUUUA